AUGGCGGUAGAAACACAGACAAUGCCUGUCAUGAACGGACACGUCUUUAAUGGCGAUGUCGAAAUGGAGAAUAGCAUUCGGGAUCCUUCACUCAGGUUUACCAGUGGACUCAUCCUGCCACCUCCAGAGAUCAAAUCUGUCAUCGACAGAACGGCAUUGUUCGUUGCUCGCUCUGCGAACCCACCUCAGUUUGAGGAUAAAAUUCGCGAAAACCAGCGUCAGGAUCCCAAGUUCUCGUUCCUCAACCCCGCGGAUCCUUAUCAUGCUUACUAUAGGCAUCGCAUGGAGAAGAUAGAGGCUGGAGAGGAGCUGGAUGACACUUCACAAGAAAAGGAAAAGGUGAACGGGGAAGAAGAAAAGCCAAUGAUUCCAGAGGAUCUUGGCGUCGAACCACCUCAGCCACAAUUUGCUAUGGACAUGCCCAAUGUCAGUCCUAUUGACUUAGAUAUUAUGAAACUGACUGCACUUUUUACCGCCCGUCGCGGGCGGACAUUCUUGGCGACGCUUUCGCAAAAUGAGGGAAGGAACUAUCAGUUCGACUUCCUGCGACCCACUCAUUCUCUCUUUGGUUGCUUCAACCGCCUCGUGGAGCAGUACCUCAAAAUUUUGUAUCCAAGUAAGGAGAUGUUGGUGGAGUUGAGUCAUAGGGCGCAGGAAGGCGCAAAGGGGGCAACGUUAGAGCAAUCAAGAAAAUACGCCCGUUGGGAACGCUUGAAAAGGGAGAAGGAUAAAAAGAGACGAGAUGACCAAGAAGCAGAGAAACGUGCAUUUGCUGAGAUUGAUUGGCAUGACUAUGCAAUCGUUCAAACAAUCGAUUUCACGGUUGCUGAUGCAAAUUCGGAGCUUCCUCCUCCAAUGAGUGUGCAGGAAGUGGAGAGCAUGACGCUUGCUCAAAAGAGAAUGGCUGCUAUGAUUAUGGAGAACACUGCAGAUGAGAUAGAAGCUCACAAGGCCAGACAGGCUGCAGCAGAGGCCGAAGCGGCUGCAGCAGUCAGUGGUGUUGGGAUUGGGGCUGUUGAAGAUGAGGACGCUGCAAUGGAACAGAGUGAUGACGAGGACGAUGAAGCGCAACUGAGGAGGAAGAAUGAAGAUGAAGAGAGAGUGAGAGAACUUGAGCGCGCCCGCGCAAUGCAAGCAAGUGCUAGCAUUUCUGGACCUAUGAAGAUCAGGACAGACUAUGUUCCAAAACGUUUGUUAUCAGCAUUGAUCCUUCUGACAGCUGGCUUAUCUUUGAAAAUUCUAGUUGGUGCUAAGAAAGGAGCUACCCUCACGACAUGCACAAUUUGUGGACAGCAGAUUCCUGUUGACGAACUCGAUGAGCACAUGCGUAUUGAGCUACUGGAUCCCAAGUGGAAGUCUCACCGUGACAAUAUCGAAGCUCGUAAAGCUCAGGCGUCCGAGCUUCUGCGCGGUGCAAACGUAGUAUCGUCACUUAAAAACUUGGCCCGUACACGUGUGGACAUUUUCGGUGCUGAGGCUGACGAAGAAAGACGAAAGAAAGAGGAAGAAGAAGAGAAGGAACGUCGGAAAGAGAGAGAAAAGGUUGUAUGGGAUGGUCACACUGCGACGAAAGUUUCUACGAUGGAUAAAUAUUCGACCAACGUCAACUUCGACGAGCAAAUUGCUGCCAUCCAUCGUGCAAAGGGUCUUGGACCCCAGGAUUCCAAUGCGAUCGGCCCUGGAAUUGGCCCUGUGUCAGCACCUCCACCUGCAAUGACGGGUCUACCUCCACCUCACGCAUCAUUACCUGCCCCUCCUGUGCAAUCAUCUGGGUCCGCUUCUUACUCUUCGGCUACUAUUUCAUCUGGCCCGCAGCCUGCAUCCGCAUAUCCGCCUCAGGCACCGCCAGUUAUGCUUCCACCACUUCACUAUCAAGGUCUUGACUCUGCACAGCCAUUCGGUUACCAGCCACCUGCGGCUGGGAUGCAUCCUUCUCGGAUGGCUGGAAUGAUGGCCGGUGGUGUGGGAACACUGCCACACGCGGGUAUGGUGCGCAGCGCAGACGAGAUGGAAGGACUUGAAGAACAACCUGCUAUCAAACGGCAAAAAAUUGCGAAGCUGCCUGGUGGUGCCUUGUAUCCUGAAGCAGACUGGGUUGCAAUGCAUCCCUACACCAUAUCACUGUUGGUGCAACUUCCCAACGACCCGUCUAAGCCGGAAUGGAAACUUGACGGUCAGAUAAUCACUGUUGCAGACCUUCCUCUCACUCUGUUGGUUUCAACGCUGCGCGAUCGGAUAAACCAAGUUCUUGGCAGCAAUCUCCCCCUUUCCAAAGUUCGAAUAUCAUAUGCGGGUAAGAUGUUGACAAACAACAGUACUAUCGCUAGUCAUAAUUUGGAAGAGGAUGAUCUCGUCGUUCUUAGCAUUACUGCUGGUAAGAAGAAGUGA